UUCCGGUAAUGAAGGCCUGGUGAACGGCUCCGCGAAAGAGGGCACUUCCUUUUGCUGGUGGCGGCGAGAGUGGAGAGAACGCCAUGAAGGCUUCUGGCACACUACGAGAGUACAAGGUGGUGGGUCGCUGCCUGCCCACCCCCAAAUGCCACACACCGCCCCUCUACCGCAUGCGAAUCUUUGCGCCUAAUCAUGUCGUCGCCAAGUCCCGCUUCUGGUACUUCGUAUCUCAGUUAAAGAAGAUGAAGAAGUCUUCAGGGGAGAUUGUCUACUGUGGGCAGGUGUUUGAGAAGUCCCCACUGCGGGUGAAGAACUUCGGAAUCUGGCUGCGCUAUGACUCCCGGAGCGGCACCCACAACAUGUACCGGGAAUACCGGGACCUGACCACUGCGGGCGCUGUCACCCAGUGCUACCGAGACAUGGGCGCCCGGCACCGCGCCCGGGCCCACUCCAUUCAAAUCAUGAAGGUGGAGGAGAUCGCAGCCAGCAAGUGCCGUCGGCCGGCUGUCAAGCAGUUCCACGACUCCAAGAUCAAGUUCCCGCUGCCCCACCGGGUCCUGCGCCGUCAGCACAAGCCACGCUUCACCACCAAGAGGCCCAACACCUUCUUUUAGGUGCAGGGCCUUCGCCUGGGUGUGCCCCAAAUAAACUCAGGAAUUACCUGGUG